ACACACACACACACACACACUGAGGUCCAACAUCCUGGUACUUGUGUGUGUUGUCAAGGGAGCCCGAGCACGGUUGGCUGGCGGAAGCGAGCUGCAGUGUGUCCUGCCUGAUCUGUCCUCGCGCCACAAAACAAGAAAAAACCUUCCCCUGAACAUAGCCGCCCUGGGGACGAAGUUAGAUGUAACCCAAAGAAAAGAACACCUGAUUCCCAAUAUGAUGCUGUCCCCACUAUGACAUCAUGAAGAAGACCAAGUUGUGUCAUUGAGGACUGAAUGAAUGGAUCCAUGUGACCAGCCAUUUUGAUGAGAUUUGACGGGCGUCCAAGCUGGCAACAGCAUGCCAUGCAUCAAACGGAAAGGUGGAUCUGCAUCUCAGCGAUACCGACCUGCCUCCGAAUACGACGAUGCCACUUUGGCACGCAGAAGGGAAUACUGGCGAACCCAGAAGCGACAACAGAGAGCCCGGCUUUCGGGGAAAAGCGAGAAACCAGUGCAGGAGAGUUUGGUUAAAGCUUCCCGUCCGAGUGCUCCUGUGGCGGUGAAUUCUACUUCAUCUGUGUCUCAGAGGUCCAAAACCACUGAGAGGGUUGUGACCAGGUUGACCAAUGGGAGGAAAGCUAAAAACACACGGCAACUCAGAUCACACCAGGCGACACACAUUACGUUAUGCUCUCAGAAACCUUCACCUCCUGAUGUGCCCUCUUUGUGUGACCUUGCACUUAUCAAAACUGAAGACACAGGACCUCAAAGGAGAAAUAACAAUGCCGACUCUCUCCCUAUAUUCCAGUCUGAGGAGGAGAUGGCGGCACGACGCAGAGAGAACUGGCGGAUGAAAAAACGAGAGCAGCGAGCCAAGAUGGCCGCAAAGCUCGCCAAAGCCAGGGAGUGGACGCAGAACAGAAAUGUCACAUCUAAGAGAACUGAAACUGCUCAUCCUCUUGCAAAGGUGAAAACACAAACGUCCUAUAGGAAUACAGCCUCCAAAGUGGGGAUUCCUGAUGGGAACUCAGGGAGGAAGUCUCCAAAUUUUGUACUGUCCUCUGUCCCUCGAGGGAUCCCCAGAUGCAGAACACCUCGGCAGAGAUUUAUAGAAGCUCAAAGACAUCUAAAACUUAAAUACUUAUGUCCGACAUCAACUUUUAACAUGAGACACGUUCUUAGAAUAGACUCCUGCGACACACCGGAGCAGAUAAUUGCAAAACAAAGGGAGUACUGGCGGGUUAAAAAGAGAGAACAGCGCGCAAAGAUGACCAUGGAGGCCAAGGCCAGACUCAAGGAGAAAGACACCCUGAUGCGACGUGUCCGACGCUACCAGAACAUUCUGGAGGACAUGAGGAGGGCUCGAGCACUGGCCCAGUCGUCAGGAAGCAGCCUGCGCCAAGCGUCUGACAUCCUCGGGGGUUUCAUCAAAGAAGAUGGGACGGUGUCUGAUAACGUUCCCCAGUUUGUUCCCCUAUAUCAAAACACAUCCAAAAGUGGUGAAGGGCUUCACACUCCAAAUCCUGUUGAUGCUAAGUGGAGACCUUUUUGUGUCAAGCAGCACCCCCCCCAGGUAAACGUGUCCCUUGCUAGAGAGGCCACUAAAAGCACAAACACAUCAGCCAUUCAAAGUGCCAACAGCCAUCUCACUCUUACUCAUCCUAAAACACAGCAGAAUUCCCUUCUUGGGAGUCCGCCCCAGGGUGGUUGUGUCAUGAGAAUGGCCGUGUCAAAUAGCGUGCUCGCCUUGGAUCCAGUGUUGACUGAGGAGAAUAGGAUGGCCAAAAAGCGGGAGUACUGGAGGGUGAAAAAGCGGCAACAGCGGGCUGCGCGGGCUGCCCGACUGAGGCAAAGUGUCUCUGAGGCGAGACAUGCAGCAACACUGCAGAGGAGGAAAGCCAUGAGACAAGAAGCAGCAAUAACAGCUGUGGCACCACGCAGGCCUCCAGUGGAGAGUCCAGGAAACCAAGCGCCUCUUUUUAACGACAGCCAGCCUGCCACGCCACUUUUAAAUGCCAUUAAACAGGAGCCCACACCAGCAGCUGACCUAAGUUGUGUCCCACAAGCAGCCAUAUGUCGAGACCUCAAAGCUCCGGCCUCCCCAUCACCUCCAGUGCCCCAGCCUGAGCCUGACCCAGCUGUGGCUGCAGACAGCCAGGCUACCACUCUGCUAGCUGUGGCCUCUAUGAAGAGGCUGCUGGAGGAGUCACUAAGCACCGUCCACAGUGAGUGUAAAAACGAAGAACCCCAUAUCAAGGCUGAGAUUAAAGAAGAGGCUUUAGGGCCUAAUCAAAGUCCUGUGGCUCCCAUUGUUGCUGACCUGACACUGGAAGUCAAAACCCGGCCCCUCUUCAAGGACCCCCAAACAUCACCUCUUUCUACCUCAGACAUGGUCCUCCUGCAGCCCACAUGUAAGCGCUCAUCCCAAAGCACUCUUCUGGUCAAUCGGACGGACACCCCCAGGCUUCGCCCCACCAGGGCAGUAUCCAAUCAGAACUACCGCUCCACAGAGCCACCCAAGCUCCAUCACGUCUCCCAGCACAGUCGACCAAACCAAAUCAUCGGUGGUUGUCGGCAGGCCUUGGACAGAGUGGAGCAGAGCGCCAUGAGCAGUCUGCAGCAGAAGAGGGAGUACUGGAAGCUCAUGAAGAGGCAGCAGAGGGCGCGUUUGAAAAACCAGGGCCCAGCUCUCGCCAUCAAAUCCAUCAAAGUUGUGAAGACCCCAGCAAAACUUCUCCCCAAAGCUUCCAUCCCUCCCUUUUCUACAGGGAGAAAAAAUCCCACUCGACUGGUUCUCGGGUCCUUGUCUUGUAGUGCCGAGCAGUCAGUGGACACAAUCAAAGUAAAGCCCACCGUCACCAGUGAGCUAUGUGAUGUGAACGAGCCAUACACAACGUCAGCUUCACUUAAGUGGAUAUCCAGAAGCAAUGAUUUCCUCCCGACCCUAAAGCCCCCAGAAAACCCUCUUUCCAGCAUCAAUCUGCACCCUAUCGAACCCCCUGGUCCUUCCACAAACACCACUCUGCGUCCGAUUAAAAUCACCCAGAGCACAAAACAUUUCCAAGCACUGGGACUUUUAAGCCCUGUGGGUCCUCCGAAGCCUCUUCCUGGAGAGUCCAAGGAGGACUUUCAGAAGAGGAAGAGGGAGUACUGGAGGAUCAAAAAGAAGGAGCAAAGAGCCAGGAAGGCUGUUGGGGAUCAGGGGAUGGCUCCGAGGACAGCCUCCAACUGCAAACCCAUCCUGCAGGAUUCCAAUCAGUGGUUGACCUCCGAUUGUUUAAGUGAAGAUUCAGAACAUCUCAUCAGCAAUUCAAUGCAGACUGAGGCCUACUCCGAUUACACAGUGCCACUUAAAAGCGAGCUUUUGUUUGCCAACGACGAGCACCAUCCCGGCAGUGAGGAGAGUUUCAUAUCAGAGCCCACAUGGAGGAACAUCUACCUCAUGGACUACGACCCCCUCAACCAGCUGCUGGUCUGCAUGGUGUGCGGUAACCUUCAGUACUCCCACAGCCUGGAGGGGGUCCAGGCACAUAUCGAGGAGGCACACCCGCAGACACUCACCCUGGAGCCCGCCGAGCGACGAUGCAUCUUGGAGGCCUGGGAUGAGCAGGUGUCCCAACGGGAGCGCUUUUUCACCAGCCAGCUUCAGCAGCAUGGAGCUACUCUGCAGGAAACAUAUGGAAAGUGACGGACGUGCAGGUCCCUCCCACCGCCCCAAUCAGAAGAGUAACUCUACAUAACUCUACCUUGUUUAUUUAUUGUCUUCUUUUCUUUCUUCAACAUCGCGUGAAAGUCUGGGGCAGUAUAUCUGGAUUGGCAGAUUGGGGUAGUGGUGUCCUCUUUUCAAGAAGGAGGACCGUAGGUAUGGUGUGUUCCAAUUAUAGAGGGAUCAAACUUCUCAGCCACCCGGAGAUAGUUUAUUCCAGCCGUUAGUUGAGCUUUGGAUUCAGGAGAAACAAUGCAGUUUUCAUCCUUGUCCUGAAACACAGGACCAUCUUCAUACCCUCGCUAGGGUAUUGGAAGGGUCAUGGGAGUUUGCUCAACCAGUCGACAUGUUUUGUGGAUUUGGAGAAGGCGUUCGAUCGUGUCCCUGGCGGUAUCCUGUGCAGGGUGCUCCAGGAGUACGGGGUCCAAGGUCCGUUGCUACGGGUCAUUCGGUCAUGUCAGACGUUGGACUGCGCCAGGGCUGCCCUUUGCCACCGGUCCUGUUAGUUAUCUUUAUGGACAGAAUUUCUAGGCGCAGUCAUGGUGGGGAGGGUUUCCAGUUUGGUGGACAAGAGGAUCACAUCUCUGCUUUUUGCAGAUGAUGUGGUCCUGUUUGCUUCAUCAGGCUGGGACCUUCAGCGCACUCACUGGGUGGUUUGCAGCCGAAUGUCAAGCUGCUGACUUGAGGAUCAGUACUCCAAAUCUGAGACCAUGGUUCUAAGUUGCAAAAGGGUGGACUGCACCCCCCGCCCCCGGGUUGAGAGUGAAGUUCUGUCUCAAGUGGAUGAGUUUAAGCAUCUCGGGGUUCUGUUCAAGAGUGAGGAAAGAAUGGAAUCUGAGAUUGACAGACGGACCGGUGCAGUCACUGAACCGGUUUGUUGUGGUGAAGAGGUAGCUGAGCCAGAGGGCAAAGCUCUCGAUUUACUGGUCAGUCUACGUUCCUACCCUCACCUAUGGUCACAGGCUUUGGGUAAUGACCGAAAGGACAAGGUUGCGAAUUCAAGCGGCAGAAAUGAGUUUCCCCCGCAGGAUGUCUAGGACCACCGUCAGAGAUAGGGUGAGGAGCAUGGUUAUCCGGGAGAGGCUCCGAGUAGAGCCGCUGCUCCGUCACGUCGAGCGGGGUCGGCUGAAGUGGCUCAGGCAUCUACUACGGAUGCCUCCUGAACGCCUCCCUGAUGAGGUGUUUGGGGCAUAUCCAGGUGAGAAGAGGCCUCAGGGUAGAGCUGGCGGGAAAUGCCUCGGUGUCCCACAGUAGAACUAAAGGUGGACUGGGAGGUCUGGGCAUCUUUGCUUAGACUGCUACCCCAACGAUUUGGACUCGAAGGAGCAGCAGAAAUGGAUGGAUGGAUGGAUCUUUUGUUUGAAAAAAAAAAAUAAAGACAAAACAAUGAAUUUGAA